AUGGAUCAAGAAGAUCAAGAUUUAGUUCAAUCGAUUGCAAAUCAAUAUGCAAAUUACUUAUCAUUCUCAAACAGUACAAAUGAACAAGCUGCAAAUGUAGAUGGUACCAUCGAUUAUAUGUUGGCACGUAUCGAUGAAUUUGGUGCUUUUGUUGAAACUAUUAAAUCUGAUACAGAUAGAACAGAUAAAGUAUUGAUACCUGCAUUAUUGGAAAAGACAACACAAGUUCAACAAUUGUUCCCACUCAUUGAUAAGCUACAUAUUCUCUGUCAAGACAUAACAAAGAAUCUCAAUGAGAUCGAUGACCGUUUGAAUCAAGCAGAGAAACAUCUCUCCAACCAAGUCGGUUCAACAAGUAAUCCUUUGAAAUGGGUUCUAUCUAAUUUACAAAAAGAUGAUGAGUUACUUCAACAACUGAUGAAUAACACCAAAAAUACAGCACCAAAAUUCGAACCACUAAAGAUUCACAAUACAACAGAGUUUUUCAAACAGCUAAGAAACGAUAUCAACGUUGAGCAUCAACAAACACCUCAACAGCAACAACAACAACAACAACAGCAAACUGGUAAAUCAAGUUAA